AUUGUAAAUUGAUAAAAUACUGUGUAUUUUCAUAUUCAAAAACACUCGUUGCACACUUAAGAACCUUUCACAUCAUCUUAAACUGAGCAUAGGUCAAGAUGCCUGGAAAAAUAGAUGCUGUGGGCUUUCUUAUCAAAGCAAUGGUGGAGCGAGACCCAAGUAAGCGACGAGUCAAGCCCAGUCAGCAGGCACUGGAGGAGUUUGAGGGAAUGACACUGGAGGACAGCUCAGAUGACUCUGACUACAAAGUGGAUGAAAAGGAUGAGGACGAUGACGGCGAUUCCAACUUCAGCGGCGACGACGACGACGACGACGACGGCGAUGCCGACAAAGACAAGGAGGAAGAGAGCGAUUCAGAUGAAAGCGGCGGCGAAGAUGAAGGUGACGGGGAGGAGGCGGACGUCUCCGUCUCCGAGCUGCUGAGCCGCGCUGCCCGCGACGCCCCCGCUGGAAGCAAGGUGCCCGUGAAGCGGAUCAAGGUGUGCUCCAUCUGCCUCGGGGACCGCAGCUCUGACCAGAACGAGAUCGUCGAGUGCGACUCCUGCCACGUCACGGUCCAUGAAGGCUGUAACGGGAUCAGCGAGAGUCACAGCUCGGGCAGCUCAGCCUCGUCGGACCCGACCGAGCCGUGGUUCUGCGACGCGUGUCGGGCGGGCGCCACGCGGUUCGAGUGCGACCUCUGCCCCAACACAGGCGGUCUGCUGAAGGAGACGGACGCGGGCCGCUGGGUGCACCUGGUCUGCGCGCUCUACGUGCCCGGCGUGGCGUUCAGUGACGUCGACAGGCUGACGGGUGUCACGCUGUUCGAGAUUCCGUACACCCGCUGGGGCAGCAAGGUGUGCUCGGUGUGUGAGGACGCCAGUCUGGCGCGCACUGGAGUGGCCAUCCAGUGCGACGCCGGCAUGUGCAAGGCCACCUUCCACGUCACCUGCGCCCAGCGCAGCGGUCUGCUGCAGGAGCCGCGCAUUGACGAGGAGGCGGCCGACCCGUACUUUGCCCACUGCAAGCAGCACACCGACAAAACUCAAAUCAGAGACCGCAAACGGAACUUCCUUGCCAUGCGGCUAUACCAGCGCGGCGAGCACCCGCACAAGAUGGAGCCGGCGCGGCUGCAGCGCAAACUCGGCCGCGUUCAGCAAAAGUAUCGAGACACGGCGCUCACCAGAAAACCCAAGUGGACGCCGUCGAUGAAGCUGCCGCGGCCGGUGGCCAGCAGUCCGUACCUGCUGCGCUGUUUGCAGCGGCGCGCCGCCCUCAUGGGCGUCGACCUGGAGCAGGAGAACCAGGCGGCCGCCGCGCAGGUCACCGACGUCAGCAGGAAGUGGCACCUGCCGCCCGCCUUCAGUAUGGAGUUUGUCAGCUACUUUCUGGACCGGAGCCACCGAAUGACGUCCAUGUCCCGGUCGCUGAAGGAGCUGAUGAAUGAGAAGGCGGCGCUCCAGAGGCAGGAGAACACACUCAGGGAGUCGUACGCGCAGAUGGAGGCCAGUCUGUCUGAGCUGCGCCAGGCGGGCGAGCAGCUGCGCUCGACCGGCCUGCUGCUGCACCGCCAGCUGGCCGCGCUCGCCGGUGACAAGCUCAAACUGCCCUCCGUGCUGCAACAGGCGCGCGUCCGCAAAACGUCGGCCGGCCGCGCCAGUCCGCUCAAACCGUCGCCGACCAAACUCGCCGGCCAUCGUCCCGGCAGCCGCCUGACCAUGCACGAGUGUAUCGAGUGCGGCUCGAGCAGCGAGCAGCACCUACUGGCACUGUGCGACACAUGCCACCACCACUACCACCUGGCCUGCCUGGACCCGCCGCUCACGCGCAUGCCCAGAAAGUCAAAGACGACCGGCUGGGAGUGCUGGCGGUGCGCGGCGGUGAGCUCGCGGGCCCAGUCGCCCGACCCGCUGCCGGACGCACCGCGAGGCACCCGGAACCGGCGCUCUCGACAAGCGGCCGCCGUCAACAUGCAGCCCCAGGUGAAGCUGGAAACCCACCUCGGGCUGGAGCGGCCAGCGCCGACCACCCCGCGCCGCUCCCUCUCCGUCUCUGCCGCCACCACGCCCGCCUCGGCCAUCGGCAACGACGGCACGCCGAAAAAGAAGCCGGUCCGCAGCGUCUACCUGCGAAAGGACAUCAAACACCCGGGGGUGGGGAGGGGCAACGCGCCGCGCGCCAAACGGAAAUUGGCGGCGGCGGCGGCAGCCGGCGUUACGCCGGUGGCUGCUCGUGAGCCUGUGUCUGCGCCUGCCGCUGCUGCUGCUGCGACUGCGGCGGCGGCUGGUAAUGCUGCAGAUCCCGCCGGCCAACCGCCACUCAAGACGAACGUUCGUCUGGGCGUGAGAGACGCGAUAACGGUCGACGACCGACGCAUAUCGCAAGUGAUGGCUAAGAGUGAGGCGGCCUGCUCCUCGGUUGUGGUCAUAGAGAAACUGAACGACGCCAUGGUCUCCCAGCGAGAGCCGCCCACCAGCCCGACCGCCAAACGGCGCAGGUCGAGGACAGAGUCCCCCGCCGCCGCCGCCGCCGCUCCCAACAGCGCUUCCACUGGCGCCGUGACCAACGCCUCGGCCACCGCCGCUGCCGCCACUGACGGCGGCGCUACCGCCCCGGCGGCGGGCUCUGGUAGCGGCGCCGCACUGUCUCCGGGCCGCCCCCGGCGCUACAGCAGUAUCGAGUCAACCAUAGACGGUAUUCUGGAGCAGGUGUCGGCGGACCCGAGCGGCGGGCCGCCCACGCCGCCGCCGUUCGUCUACAGUGGCCGUGGCCGGCCGCCGACCCUUGAGCCGCUCAAAAUAAAACGGCGCGGCCGGCCGCCCAAGUCGCCCAGGGUGGAGCCCACACCGCACAGCCCGGUGGCGCCGGAAGCUCCGGCCUUGACGGAGUCAGUGGCGGCGGUGGCGGUGGCGACAGCGGCCGCGGUGGAUACCGCGCCGCGCCGGGGCCGACCGCCGGGCUCCCGCGGGCGGGGCCGGCGGGUCUCGGUGCCCGGCGCUCGGCCGCUGGGCCGACCGCCAGCCGCGGCCGCUGCCGGGGGACCGCCGGCCGUGGCCACCCCCGGCCGACCACCGGCCACAGCCACCCCGGGCAGGCCGCGCGGCCGCCCGCCUGGCCGACCGUUCUCAGUGCGCACCCCAGGCAGGCCGCGAGGGGGUGGCGCGCGCCGCCGCACCAAGGCACAGAUCGAGGCCCUCAACCAGUUUCUGGCUCGGCGCCGGGCCGAGAGGCAGUCCCAGUCGGAGGCCUCGUCAGCGGAGGGCGGGGCGACCGGGAGCGCUCCGCCACCGCCUCCGUCUCGGAAUGGCGAGCACCCCCCACCGGCGGCGGCUGCCGACGGAGCCGAGCCGCCGCCGGCCGCCGCCGCUACUCUGGCCAGACCCACGCCCGCCAAACGGCCAAGAUUCAAACCGGGACCGAAGGAGCGCGCCAGGCUGAAGGCAGCCAGGGCGGCGGCCGGUGACGGGCCCGCCGGCGGACCUGCCGGGGCCACCGGCCCGCCGCUGAAGAAGCCCCGCCGCCGGCGGAGAACCAAGGCCGAAAUGGAGGCCGCCCGGCUGCUGGAGGCUCAGAAGGACGGUGCGGAGCCGCUGCCGGUCCCUGCGGUGGACGCGGAGCCGGUACCCGCCCCUGCGGUCGCUGCUGAGGGUCCCGGGGCCGCCGCGGACGGGCCGUCAGCGGCUGCUCCCGCCGCCGGCCUGCCGUCGCCGUCCAGCUCCGGGCGGCCUGCCCGCCAGCGGCGCACCAAGGCCGAGAUGCAGCUCUACCAGGAGCAGGUGCUGGCGCUCAAACAAGCGCGAGAGCGGCACCAGCAGCAGCGUCAGAAGGUGCUCGCCAGGCGCCGCCGCUCGAGUGGAGGUCACGUGGUCGAGGUGAUGACCGACAUGAAAAUCAAGAUCCGUCCUGUGGUAUCAGAGGCCGGGCCGGCUACUGCCCCGCCACCGGUAGCGGCAGCGGCGGCGGUGGUCUGCUCCAACUGCGAGCUCGCCGGCAGCGCGGCGACCACAGUUCGGUGCGACAACUGCGGCAGCUGCUACCAUUUCAGCUGCCUGGUGCCGCCCGUCUCCAAGACGCCCAAGAGGCUCGGCUACGGCUGGCUGUGCGGCAACUGCAGCGGUCGUGGCCGACCCCCCGCCAAGGCGUUCAAAGCCGAGCCGCCCUCUGCUCCCGCCGCUGCCGCCGCACCGGAUGCCGCCGUUCCCGCCCCUGCCGCUGCUCCGGCCUCAGCACCGCCUUCGGUCCCGGACCCAGUCCCGACUCAGGACAAGGCCCCAGCGGAGGCGCCGGUGGAUGCGCCGGUGCCAGCCAAGGAGCCCGCUCCGCAGUCCUGCCCUCCGCCGCCGCCGCCGCCGCCGCCGUCCGCACCGCCCUCCGCCGAGCCGGCCGGCGUUGAGGCGGAGCGGCAGCCGCAGCAGCAGCGGAGGGAGACGACCGCUCAGCCAUCAGCGACACCGGCGGCAGAGGCCAAGGUGGACCCGCCGCCGGUGACCGAGUGACUGUAACGGACUAGGAGGGGUCCGGGUCGGCCCCAGGCUGUGUGGAGAGGUGUAACGGGCAGACCCGCAGCGUACUGUAGAUCGGUGGCCUGGCGACCCAGCUCGCCUGCGACAGGGCAGCUGUCAGUGAUUCCUCAUCUUUCCUAUCAUGUCUGUCCGAUCCGGUGCUCGGCUGACUGACACCGGCGACGUGUCGUCUGCCGCUGUGGCCGGUCGUGGAGUCCGUCGGCUGUGUUGGUGUCGCUCAGAGCGCUGCCGCGGCGCUGGGGCGCCGGUCAGGCAGGUACUGACUUCACACCGUGCGCGUCUCAGCCAGCCACCGCUGCCGUCGUCGUGCGAAGCUGCAUCGACGUGCAGGUAGUGUCGAACUGGCAGGGUAGGAUGGAAUGGGCACUUUGUGUCAUGUUUCGCUCCGCCUGUCAGACUCAACGUUCCAUCAUUGUUUACUCCAGACGGAUGUCUUUGAUUUGUGUGCCGUAGCGAACAGAAUGCCUCUUUCAGUAGCGUAUUAAAUGUAUUUAUGCAUGUUUUGUUGUUAAUAAAAGCAAACGUUCUA